CACCGCCAGGGGAAGCCAGAACAAUUUCCGGUUGAAUCAAGACAGUCGAAAAUGGCUUCGAAAGCUAAAAUUCCCAUUCUCUCAACGGCUGGUGCCGUCCCUAUCAAGAAUGAUAAAGGGGAACUCACAAUGGAGAAAGUCAAGGUCACCCGUUAUGUUACGGGCAAACGGCCAGACUAUGCACCAGAUAGUAGUAGCGACGAGGAAGAUGAAUUUGGAAUCAAAGCUAGAACAGCUGCACAAACAGCAGUUGAUACGGAAGAGAAGGAUGAGGAUGAUGAGGUGCGAGAUCACCGCCUUCGUCGUCUACAGUAUCGAGAAAGAGGAGCAGAGAGUGAAGAGGAUGAGGAGGACAGGGUAUCUAGGCAUCGCCGGCAGGUGGUGGAGCCAGAAAUUUUAGCAGAAGCAUCUGAUGAUGAGGCAAAAGUGGGGCGUGAGGAUAAGGGCAGUGAGGAUGAGGAGGAAGAAGAAGAACUUGAUGAGGAGGAAAUUGAGAGGCGACGAGCCAUCAGGAGGCAGAGGGCUAUACAGAGGAGAGACGAAGAGGAAGUGAUGGAUGUUGAGGAGGAGAAAUCAGAAGGCGAAACAGAGGAAGAGUCUUCUGAGUAUGAGGAAUAUUCUGACUCUGAAGAAGAGACUGGACCCAGGCUGAAACCUGUGUUUGUCAGAAAGAAGGAGCGCAUCACUAUCCAAGAGCGAGAACGGGAAGAACAGCGGCAGAAGGAGCUGGAGGCAGAGGCCAAGAAACUAGCUGAGGAAAGACGAAAGCAAACAUUACGGUUAGCAGAGAUGGAGUUACGGAAGGAGAUGCAGGAUGAGAGGGAGAUUGAGGACAUGCUUAAUGAUGUCAACACUGAUGAUGAAAAUGAUGAGGAGGAGUAUGAAGCCUGGAAAGUAAGGGAGCUGAAGCGAAUCAAGCGUGACAGGGAAGAGAGAGAAGCCAUUGAAAAGGAGAAGAUGGAACUUGAUCGUGUAAGAAACAUGACAGAAGAAGAGCGCCGGCAAGAGUUCAAGGUUAACCCCAAACAGAUUACUAAUAAAGUGCCAAAAGGAAAGUACAAGUUUCUGCAGAAGUACUAUCACCGUGGUGCAUUUUUUCUGGACAGGGACGAAAAUGUAUUCAAGCAAGAUUUCUCUCAGCCUACUUUGGACGAUCAUUUUGACAAGACAAUUCUUCCCAAAGUCAUGCAAGUCAAGAACUUUGGCCGCUCUGGGCGUACUAAGUAUACUCAUCUGCUGGAUCAGGACACAACACAGUUUGACUCACCAUGGAUUGCUGACACACAACAGAACCUUAACUUUCACACAUCAAAAGGAGGUGGCACCAAACAAGUCUUUGAACGACCAAGUACUAAAUCUGUGCAGAAGUGAGAAGACAAGGAAAAAAUAUAGUGUGUGUAUGUGUGUGUGUGCAUCAGUGUGUGCAUGGGGGUAAGGGUUUGGGGAAGAGGCUUGAAGCGAGUGUUUAUAUUGCAAAAAAGUGGCUUAAUAUUUGCAUCUACAUUGUGUAUGCAAGAAAUUGUGAGUUUGUACAGAAAAAGACAUGCUUGUGUGGGAGAAGUAGUUUCCUAUUUGAGAACAGUUUGUUCACCCAGGUGUUUAACUCCUGCCACUGUAAUCUCCAAGAAACUUUGAAAAAGAAUGGCUUUACAAGAAAUUUUAAGAAGGCUAAAUUCCAGAUCUUGCAAACAUUUGCCAUGUUGCAGUCACCAAAAGUCACUUGGGACUGAAGGCAUCAAGGUUGUUUUUGUUUUUUAACUUGUUCAGGAUGUUUGUUCAUCUUAAUUGCUAAUGGUCAUCAGAAUGAUGACCUGUCAAGAUAAAGGAGGGCCUGGGCAGCUGUGUGGGUGUGUGUAAUGUAUCAUUAGAUGAAGAUCCUUCAUUGUAUGAAUGUCAGCAAAGGCAGUUUAGGAGAAUCAUGUUCAUAACAGUUUCUUUUCUGGGUUUUUCAAUAUAUCAUUUUAAGGGUUUUUUUUUUUUUUUAAUGAUAUGAAGGGGAUGGGAGUAUUAAGGAGAAGGUGUCAUAUAUAUUCUCAGUUUAAAUAUAGCUAUUUAUGACAUUUUCAGACUAUUGAAGGAGUAUAAAAUCUGUGGUAUCUCUAUUGAACAUUGUCAUAGUUGAAUUACAUUUGUGUUUAAUAAAUGGUUUGAAAUGUU